AUGACGGAGGCCGCAGGUUUCGCAAGACAUCAGCCACGCAAACCACGUCCAGAAAAGCGGCAAAAGCGGCCGCAAUUGACGCAUUUCCUCUGUCUCCCUCUGGUAAACACCAAAUCGCUGCCACAGCUGGACUCAUCGCUCGCCGCAUUCAAAACAGCUCAUCUCGCUGAACCUGGGCCAGCUUCCCAAUCGUCUAAUGACCAAAUGGAUACCUCCCGCCUAGGUCUUCCCAGCACAGCCUUUCGUCCACUAGGCACACUUCACCUUACUCUUGGAGUCAUGAGCCUCACCAAUAAAGAGCGUCUUGAUCAGGCUCUUGCCUUUUUCCAAUCCCUCGACCUGGCGGAGCUAAUGAACGAUGCGGAGCGAGUUGCCGCUCACUCGCAACCCAAAAGUGCACCUCGCCAAUCAUCGCCUUUGGCUGUUUCUCUCGAGUCAUUACAUGCUCUGCCACAAGGCAGGUCAGCAACCAUACUACAUGCUUCCCCGGUCGAUCCUACAGACCGCUUGCUACCAUUUUGUGUUAAGCUCCGUGAUAAAUUCAUCGAGACUGGCUUCAUCCAAAGUGAGCCUGAUAGAAGACAAGGAGGAAGACAAAAGUCAAGUGGUCGCUUUGUCCAAGACUUUCCUCAGGCCUCUGAAUCUGCUAGCAGUUCUGUCGAUGUAUCUUUACACCCACGAGGAAGCCAAACUCCCUCUGAACCCUCAGGCGCGUCGAGAAACCCGGAUCCAUCCAUAACUAUAAUAACCCGAGAACCAAAACCGCAACCACGACCACUCCUCCUUCACGCGACCCUUGUCAAUACAAUUUACGUUCGCGGACGACAGGUCCAGAACAAAAAUGCCAAGGUUAGAAACCAACCAGCACGCCUUACGUUUGAUGCCCGCAACCUGAUCUCACAAUAUCGUAACUACUACUCUGAUGAUAAUCGAACUAUCCCACACCCAGCCCCUACUGGAUCUUCUGAGAAAACCGAAAGUCACCACCGCCGUGCGAAAUCUUCACCAAUCCCUAACAAAGACAUUAUUUCCUCCAACCAUGAAAGUCAGUCGGCCACUCCUCUCCCACCGUCGCGCGGCUAUCCUUUCAUUUGGGCAAAGGAAAUUCCUCUGGAUACUAUCUGCAUCUGCGAAAUGGGCGCGAGGAAAUUACAUCCUAGUGUCAACGAUCAUGGUUUGAAUGAGCGCCUCGGCGAGAAAUAUACGGUCGUUGCAGAACGCAGUCUGAAUCCAUAA